AUGGAUAGAUUGAAGGUUUUAGAUUUGACUGGUUGCAUACAAUUAAGAAGGACACCUGACUUCUCUAUAUUCAUGACUUUGGAGAUUUUAAUUCUUGCUCGGUGUGUCAAGUUAACCACAAUUGACCACUCCAUUGGUAAGCUAGAACACCUAACAACUUUGAAUAUCAAGGGAUGUAGGUGUCUUCAGGAGUUGCCUGCAGAAUUUGGUUCUCUACAAUCUUUGGAGAACAUUAUCAUGCCCCAAAAUUUUCAACCCUUCAAGCUUCCGGAGACAUUAGGCAAACUGGAAUCUUUGUCAAGUCUUAUAUUAGAUGAGCACCCUGAAAUCAGCAAACUACCAGACUCUAUUGGACAAUUGGUGAAGCUUACACAUUUAUCUUUAUGUGGGUGUGUUAAGAUAAAGGAACUUCCAUGCUCUAUUGGACAAUUGCAAAUGUUGGCUAAGUUGGAUUUAUCAAAGUCAGGAGUUGUUGAACUACCCGAUUGCAUUGGAAAGCUAAAGAAACUAAGGGUGAUGAGGAUUAGUUUUACAAAGAUAAGAAAGUUUCCUCUUACUAUUGGACAGGUGGAGAUGCUCGAAGAGUUAAGUGCCAAAAAAUGUUGGGAUCUAAUAGAGGAAAACCUAGAGGAAAUUGGGAAGCUAUUCCAUUUGAGGAUAUUGGACUUAUCAUAUACUAAAGUAUCUAGAUUCCCUACAGUGCUAGGUUGCCUCUCUUCUCUCCAAAAACUUGAAUUGGGUUCAAGUUGCCUUCUAGAAGUACCAGAUCUUCCCUCUAAUUUAACACACCUUCACAUGCAAGCUGGUCAAUUCCCAUUUAUCCCCGACCUCUCAAGCCUCGUCAGUUUAGAGUAUUUGGAAUUAUCUAAAUUAACUGAUUCAACAGGGGCACCUGGUCCAAUUUGGACGGUCAAUUCGCCAGUAAAACAACCGAUCCAUCCGCUUCCGUUUGGUUUGACAACCUUGAAAUUUAGCGGCAUCACUGAAAUGCCACCUCUUUCAAACCUAAAAAAUUUGUCGAUUCUGUGGGUCAUUGAUUAUCCAUUGCCAGACUUCUCUAUCUCUCAAGACAUAAAGUAUUUGAAGGAGUUGAAACUAAGUAAAUGCAAAAGACUCAAGAAAAUAUAUGGUUUGUCGCUCCUGAAGAACCUAGAGCGCUUGUAUCUGAGCAGUCUGGAAAAGCUGGUUGAGAUUCAAGAUUUGGCAGAACUGCAAUCCUUGUGGUACUUACGUAUUUCCCAUUGUAAUAAGAUAGAAAUGUUACCUAAUUUAUCAAAGUUAGAUAAAUUACAGCACAUUGAGCUAGAUGCUUGUGAAAAAAUAACAGUGAUCGAGGGCGUCGAGGGCUUAAAAAGCUGGGAGUUGAAUCAUCGUGGUUGCACUGUCCUAGAAAGAAUGUGGGAGGUCUCCACACCAACCUGGCUUUCUCGCAAUAUACCUGUAUACGACGUGUUUUUGAGUUUUCAAGGACCAGACACUCAUUAUAGCAUUGUCGAUUACCUUUACAAGAACCUGGUUCGUAACCGAAUUUCGGUUUUUAUGGACAAUCACGAAUUCAGUUCUGGUGAUGGAAUUUCUAGAGAGCUUGAACUAGCACUCAGCGACUCUUAUAUCUAUAUACCAUUUUUAUCUAAGAACUAUGCUUCUAGUCACUGGUGUCUCUAUGAACUAGUCCACAUGGUAGAAAGCACAUCGCAGUCAAAUGGGAAGAAAAGGAUCCUGCCCAUUUUCUACGAUGUGGAGAUUGAUGACGUUAAGCUUAAAAGCAAAUUAUACAGAAGACAACUAGAAGAGCAGAAGUGGUGGUAUGGCGACAAAGUGAAGGAAUGGGAAAACGCUCUAAAAAAGGUCGCUGAUAUGAAAGGGUUCGACCUGAAAUCUAACAGCCUCGAAGAAGUCAUUGAAUUAGUUACUGAAGAAGUCUUGAGAGAGGUGGAAUCUGCCAACAUAAGGAGGCCCCAAGCAGGUGAAGAUUAGUGGUAGUCUAUAGGAAGCUGUGUGGAAAUAUCAUGGGAUGGGAAGAAUUCCCACCCUCCAGUGAAGGAAUGGGAAGACUCUCGAAUACAGGCGACACAUACUAUGGGAUUCGACCUGAAAACUAACGGGUACGGAGAACUAGCUAAGAAGGUUACAGAAGAGGUUUUGAGAGCAAGGCAAUUGUUAGACUUAUACUCCUUAAGCCUUCUUUUGGUUCGUUGUCAAAGAAAAAAAUAAGAAUGGCUUUGCUUUCUUGGUAA